AAGUAGAGUGAAUAAAUGAAGACUUAGCACACCACUUCUGAAAGGUUGCUGACUCCUGAUCUAGAUGAUGGGCUACAUUGUGCCUUACAUGCCCAGCCCUGUGUGGGUUACUGCACCCAGCUACAGCAUCCAAGUACCCCAACCCUGCUCUCCCAGCUCUGACCCCUCUGCCCCUAUUUUAUCCCAUUUUGCACGUGGAGAGGGCCUCAGCAGCUUCGCCUGCUAUUGCUGCGCAUGCGCAUCCUCUCGCUCACUAAUUAUACGGGUAGCAGGAGCUGAGGCUACACCGGAAACAGCUGCUCUGCAUCUGGGAGGCGGCCGGAAGUAACCGCACUGCCCCACCUCUUCCUGCGCCUGCCUGCCUGGCCCCUCCCGCUGCGUGACGUGGGGGGAGGCGAGGUGGCUCCCGGCUGCUUCCUUAUUGGCGGCUGCUGCGCGGCGCGUGGAUUCGGGAUGUCGGUUCCUCUGCGGCGGCUCCGCGAGACCCCGCGGCACCUGCUGGUGUGCGAGAAAAGCCACGUGCGCCAUGAGCGCUCCCGGCACGCGGCGCACGUGCGGAGCCACGCCUACAACUGCCGCGUGUCAUUUUUGAUCCCUGAAUGUGGAAUUCUUCCAGAAGCACUGAAAAGUGUUAUCACAGACAUUGGAGAGUAUUAUUUGGUGAAGAAUUUAUCCCUUCAUGAAUUGGUUACGCAUGAAUUUAUCAAUACAUUCGUGAAGAAAGGUUCAUGCUAUGCUCUUACAUACAACACAAAAAUUGAUCAAGAUAAUUCUGCUGCUCUACUACCCACUGGAAAACUAAUUAUAUCAGUAGACAAGGACACAUAUGAGGAGCUUGGACUACAAGGUCGUCCAUCUCAGUAUUCUGGUAAAAAAGUCAUGAGAUAUAUUGUUACCAUUGACUUGACUGACUCGGCCUUUGAUCCUGAUAGUAAGAAACAUAAAAGAGUGCUUUGGGCCUUGAAAGAGAAGAAACCUUUAGAAUUUGAUUUCCUGCUGUCCUGGUAUAACACAGGUGCAGAAGGAUCAACACUGAUGUCAUACUUUUCCAAAAACCAAAUACAAGCCCAUCAGCCAAAAACAACAUUCAGCACAUUAAGAAAUUUGCAGUGUCCAGUGUUCCAUAGUAAUGAACUGCAAGGAAAGCUGGAAGAGUCAUGCAGUGCACAGGAACUGUUUGAAUGGCUAGGUGCCGUUUGCAACAAAGUUGGUUUAGACAACAAGUCAUUUAGCUUCUUAUCAACCUAUUGCUGUCCUCAGCCCAGCACAGUAGUGGAGCAAGCCUAUUUGUGCACAAUCACUGGCUUUAUAGUCCCAGAGAAGAUAAUUCAGUUAUUGGAACAGCUAUGUUGCUAUUUUGAUGAACCAAAAUUGGCGCAGUGGGUGACCUUAACCGUACAUGGCUUUGCAGACAGCCCUGUUUCCUGGAGAGAAAGUGAACAUGGUUUCCAAAAGGGAGGAGAGAACUUAUACAAUUUUGUUGUUUUUAGGAACCUGGACUAUUGGCUUCAAAUGGCUGUUGGAGCAAAUGAUGAUUGCCCACCUUAAAAGUUCUGCCUAUAGGAAAGUUUCUUAAAAAGAAUUAUCUGAGAUGUGCUUACAAAAAUAUCAGACAAUUAAUUAGCCAUUGAAAGGAUCUAUGUAUAUAGGAAGUUUUUCAUGUUAGCAUCGUAUUGCUUCCACGUGACAACUGGAGAAGUCUUGUUUACUGGAAUGUGUAUUUUUGUCAUAUCUAUUUUUAAUAAAAAGUGAAACAUCUGUUCCUUAGAAAUCUUGUUACAUAUUCUACAAAUGUGUAAUCUUGACAAAAUGAUAAAUGGUUUUCUAAAUCA